AUGCGCUCUGCGCGCGAAAGCGCCCCCUCGGGCGCCGGCGCGUCCGCGCUGGAGGCGGCGCGGCCGAUCACGGACGGCGCUCUGAUGGCUCUGAUCAAGGCGGCGCGGCACCUGACAGACAUUGAGAGGGCGCUGCUCGACCACGGCCCGUUUUUCAGGCACAUGCACGUUGCGGCGGCGCUGGCGCGGCUGCCCGAGGUGCAGCACCCGGCCGCCAACCGCCGCAUCCGCGUCGGCUCAGUGCUGCGCCUAUUGGCCGGCGGCCUGCAGGCCACUGCGGCGCGCCUCGACCCCCACCAGCUGUCCGCCUGCCUGGCCGCAUUCGGGCGCCUGCGGAUGGCGCCCCCGGCGGCGGCAGCGCUCGUGUGCUCGCUGCUGUGCGCCGACGGCGGCGCCCCGCUGAGGAAGCUUCACCCCUGGGAGCUGGCGGAAGCUGCCGAGGCCCUGGCGGCGCUGCAACAAGAGGAGGAGGUACUCAGGGCGGAGGCGGCCGCCGCCGCCGCCGCCGACGCUGCAGGGGCGGCCGGCGCGGACGAUGACCGCCUGUCCAUCUUCCGCGGCGGCGCCGCCCUCAACGGCGCUGAGGGCCAGCCUGGCACCGCGCUGGCCGCCUCUCCGGGAGCGCUGCCGCUAGGGCCACCCGCCGACGGCGCUUUGGCGCUCGAGGCGUUCUGCGGCGAGAGAGGCGCUGGCGGCGCCACGGACGCGCUCGCGCGCGUGUCCCCCGCCGCCGCGCUGUGGCAGCUGCUGGCCGACGCCGCGCGGCCGCGGCUGCGCAGCUUCCCGGCGGCCGACCUCGCGGCGCUGACGUGGGCGCUCGCGCGCUCGGGGCGCGCGAGCAAGCGCUUCAUGGGCGACGCGUCGAGCGCGGCGCGGGCCGGGCCGGGGCGCUUCGAUUCGGACGGCGUCGCGCGCAUGGCCAGCGCGCUGGCGGCGGCGGGGCACAGGGACGAGUUCCUCCUGGGGGCGCUGGGGCGGGAGGUGGCGCUGAGGAAGGCCGAGUUCACGGUGCCGCAGCUCGCGGGCAUCCUCCACGCCCACGCUGACCUGGCAUUCUACGACCCCGACGCCGCCACCGCCGCCGCCAAGGCCGCGACCCGCGCCGGGGCGCUCCGCCGCGCGCCGCCCGCCGCGGCGGCGUCGCUGGUCGGCGCGCUCGCGCGGCUGCGGCACGCGGACGAGCCCCUACUCCUGGAUUUCUGCAAGCUGGCGCCCCAGAUCGCCCCAGAUCUCCCCCCAGAUCGCCUCGUGGACGCGCUGUGGGCGCCGCUGCACCUCGGCCACGCAAGCGCCAAGCUCGAGGCCGCCGUGCCGCCGCUGCUGGCGGCGCUGGCGGCGCAGGCCGAGCGGCUCGCGCCGGGCGACGCGGCGCGCGCGCUGUGGUGCUGCGCGGUGCUGGAGGACGGCCCUGGGGGCGGCCGCGGCGGGGACGACAGGGGAAGCGGGGGGGACGGCGGCGCGCUCGUGUGGCGGCUGCUGGGGCGGCUGGGCGCGGCGCGGGCGGCGGACUUCUCGUUUGAGGAGCUGCGGCUGCUGCACCAGGCAGACCGGCUGCUGAACAACGAGUGGCUGCAGGACGGCGCCGGAGCCGCGUCGUCCCAUGCUGCGGCGGGCAGCAGCGGC